AUGAUAGAAGAGAGCUUGCGAUAUAUACCUCGUCCGUCAAGUUUACGCUCGAAAGUCUACAAAUACAUCAACUCAUGGAGAGAAGCUAAAUAAUUUCUGUUUUGCAAAAAGCACACAGGCACGACCGGACAAAUUUGUCCGAUGUUUUACCGGCGCGAAAGUUUCAUGGAACGGGAACGUGACAAUUCGUCAACGUGAUUUAUAAAUUCGUCCUGGCGAACAUGCUGCAGCGACCAGGAAACUCCGCCCGAAAUGAUUAUAAUGCGCGUUCGCUAAGCGCGCAGAUAAAAAACUCCGUCGCGACUACGUCGCAGCACGUAGAAGUGGACAGAAAUCCGAGCGUCUCGAUGUAUAAGACAUUAAAAUUCUUGUGGGAGAAAAAAAGUCGAAAUGGCUCCUAGACUUCUUCGGUGCGACGCACAGCCGCGCUCAAGGCUAUGUCGCAACGACGUGGUAGCGUCAUCGAUAUCACCGUCCAGCUCGGCGGAGGAAGAUACGAGCCAGAGAGCGGUAGCAGCAACAGCGGCGGCAGCAGCAGCGGUAAACGCGACGUGGAUGAUGUAGACGACGACGACGACGACGACGACGACGAGGACCGGCUCUCUCUCUGCCGCUGUUACUGUUAUUUUUAACCCGACGCCGACGCGCCGAGUCCGUAGUCUAAAACCGCGUCUACCCUCCCGCGUCCUCCUCGUCUUCUCCAUCGUUCUUCCUCAUCAUGA